UGUCCGAACUUGAAGUCGCUAUUUACAAGCAAGGUACGGAUGCUAUUCAAUCGCAUUUAAAACACACUGAAUUCCUUGUUAGAAGAAGCUCUGGUGGACGUGUAUUGAAAGAGAGGUUGAAAAAGAGUUUUCUCACCUGAAUCAGAAUGGGUAAGAAGGACACCAAGAAAAAGGAUGAAUCUAAAGAAACGAAAUCCAAAAAGAAGAAAAAGGACGAUGUUCCUCUUGUGCACAUCAAUGGCAAUGCUGGCAAGGAAAACGAGGGAUUUGACGAGGAGGAAGAAGAAAAGCACAAUAUCGACAAAGCAAAAAAAAAGAAAAUCUCGAAGCCAGAACAGCUUUGUGCGGCUGCGUAUUCAGGGCAAAAGGAGGAUGUCGAGAAGCUACUUGACAAAGGAGUAGACAUCAACUACCGUGACGAGUAUGGCAAGUCUCCCCUCCAUCAUGCUACAUCCGGGAAACAGCAUCAAAUAGUUGAGUUGUUACUGAGACGAGGCGCUGACGUCACACUACAAGAUCAACGAGGGGACACUCCUCUGCACGCUGCUGUAAGGGCUGGUGACGAGCCGUCUGUCAAGACAUUGCUAAGUAAUGAGCGGUGUAACGUAAGCGCCGAGGGCCGAAGCCUGUGUACACCACUACAUAUUGCAUGCGGCAUGGACAAAUUGUCCAUUUGCCGAGUGUUGGUCGACCACAACGCUUCCAUAACAGCUAAAGACGAGGACCAAAUGACGCCUCUUGGCCACUCGGUUGAAAAAGGAGCCAGAAGAACAGCUGCAUACAUGUUCGAAGUUGCCGAUUCCCAACUAGGAGAGACAGAGCCUCUUCUUUAUGAUGCAGAUUCCGAUGGAAGUACUCUUCUUCACAUGGCGGUGGACAGCGGUGUAACUGAAAUUGUCGAAAUGUGUCUUAAACAUGGCGCAAGGGUGAGAGAACCGAAGAAAACUGACAAAACAACUGCAUUUCACGUGGCUUGUUCACAAGGUCCUGUAGAAAUGGUUCGUUUACUAGUGGACAAAGACCCGGUCAUUUGUCGAAUAUGCUUGAUUGACAAGAACGGAAUGUCCGGACUUCAUCGCGCCGCUGUCAGCAACCAGCGAGAUAUCGUUGCAUUCCUAYUGGAUCACGGAGCAUCAGUUGACCUUCCCGACAAGUCCCGUCGUACCCCYCUGUUCAUGGCUGCAUCAAGUGGUGCAACAGAGACGGUGGAGCUGCUAAUCGAACGAGGUGCUAACAUAACAGCCAAGAACGUCGGAAUGAAGACGGUACUUCACAGUGCUGUUGGCCAUGAUAAUGCCAUUAAUGCCAUAUUGAAGAGUCCCGCAGCAUCGUAUCUGAUAUCUGAGAAAGAUAAGAAUGGUUUUGCACCAAUUCACGAAGCAGCAAUGGGUGGACAUUUACGGCGAUGAUGCCGAACGUACGCCAUUACACUUUGCUGCAAUCAACGGUUCAAAGAAAUGCAUGGAUUGCAUUCUAAACAAGCAUCCAGAUUGCCUCAACUUUGUAGACGAUGACCAGAAUACUGCAUUGAAUCUCGCUGCCUUGCAUGGCCAUCACGAAUUGGUGGAAGAGCUGAUGUCAAGAACAAACCAAGAGAUUCUUAUGAAUAACUUCAACCAAAAUGCCCUGGACAUAGCCAUUAAGAAAGAGAAGAAAGACGUUGCCAUGACAAUAGCUAACCAUGACAGGUGGAGAGAGCUGAUGGACACUUCAUCGCCUGGGGGACUGGGUCAAAUGAAAGUUCUGCUGGUCAAAAUGCCUGAUGUCGCAGAGGCCAUGGUUGCCAAGCGACGUGAUCGAUGCAUGGUACAUCCUCUUACUUUUAAACUCAUGAAUUUGAAAUGGUUGACGUAUGGUUGGAUUUCUUUAUCUUUGAGUAUUUUCUCGUAUCUUUGCUACUUGAUACCGCUGACUACACUAGCUGUUCACGUGAAGACAGAAGAAGCGCCAUUAUGCAAAUUCAACGAAUCGAUAGACAAACGCGAACAGCAAAACCUGGCCUGCUUGAGGGAAGAUAAGACCACCCUACUUCUGCAAUACAUUGUGAUAGCCAUGACUGCGGUUCAAAUUCUGAGGGAGUUUCUUCAGAUGUAUACAAUACGUAUGAUGUAUUUCCRGUCCCUUUCAAACUACAUGGAGUGGAUGGCUUACGUGCUUACGCUAAUGUUUGUAAUUCCGUCGUGUCAGUGUAAAUGGGGYUGGCAGCARAAUUUCGGUGCUGUAGCGCUGUUCUUUAGCUGGUUAAAUUUGAUCCUCUACUUUAGAAAGUUGUCGUUCUAUGGUCAAUACGUCAUCAUGUUGUAUACGAUGUUCAUCACCCUUCUCAAGGUUUUGAUGUUGUUUUUCCUGUUUGUAAUGGCUUUUGGAACAACGUUCUAUUUUGCCCUGGACAGAAAGGAUGCAUUCACCAAGCUGGAGCACUCCUUGAUGACAAUAUUCGUAAUGACACUUGGCGAGAUGAACUACGGAGAGACGUUUAUGCCAUGGAAAGAUCUACCGCAUCCUACUCUAACCAACGUUUUGUUUGUCGUGUUCGCGCUCAGUAUGCCUAUCAUUCUUAUGAAYAUGUUGGUUGGUCUUGCUGUCGGUGACAUUGAUAGUAUUAUGAAGAAUGCAGCAAUGGAUCGUUACGUGAUGCAGAUCGAGAUGCUGCUUGAUACUGAAGACACUCUGCCUCAAAGGGUUCGCAGACGUCUUAAGUUUGACAAGAGUGUCGAGCUCCCAAACAGAAAAGUCAAACUUAGGACUAAGAUCUACCAUGCCAUAUUUGGGUUUACACAUCCUGGCGAAGAUGAAGUCGACAACACAGAGGAAAGCAAGAUCGAUCAAAUGAGAGAGAAACUAGAGGAACAAGAAAACAAGAUUCAGCAGAUUUACGAUCUAUUACAGUUCCAGUCUCAAAUGUUGUUCAAACUCAGCAAAGACAGCAUGGAYACCGAGACUGAAGCCUCGAAAACCAGCAAACGAAAAAAGUUUUUGUUUUGAGAUAUAACUUGUAUCGAAAAGGCCCAUUCCUUCAUUGUCUCGGGCGCCAAUAAGAUGUCAUACACUGGAUACUCCAUCAUCAAUGAUAUACCAAGAAAGCUUGCACAACUCCUCCUCUGGAUUUCUGUCUGUACAUUAAAGSUGUAUAAAAUGUUUGCUUAACUCUCUAAUAAAUUCUCUACAGUAUCUAUUGCCCAUUUUACAGUAAAUCGCGAAGCUUCGGUCAUUCAGCAAAAAAGUUUGUUUUUAAAUAAAUAUUUAAACAGAU